AUGCGCUGCUCGGAUGUCGCCCCUGCAGGCCAGAGCCUGGCUGAGGUGCUGCAGCUGGUGCGCUCACACCGCAACAGCUUUCGGCUGGUGGAGGUCAAGUAUGCCUCCUCCCAGCAGGGCCAGCCCGCCCAGCAGGCUGCCGACAUAGCCGUCUGCUUCCCGGAGCACGACUUCCACCUGCUGUUUGACGGCCGCCAGCAGCGGCUGCGGCUGGUGGAGGUGCAUGACACCACCCGCCUGCAGAUCCGGAUUGGCGGGCACGUGUUUGGCGGCGCGGCGCAGCCGCCCACGUUUGGGCGCGUGUGCGAGGCCCUUGGGCCCACAUACCCCGGGGAGGCGCAGGGCGGGCACUACCCGCUGCAGUACCCGGGCGUCCUCUUCCUCUUCCCGCUGGCCGCCGGCUCGCAGCAGCAACAAGGCGCUCAGCAGCAGCAGCAGCGCCAGGGCCCGCAAGGGGCCGCCGCCGCUGGCGCCGACCUGCCCGUGCCGCUGUGCACCCCCGCGGCCCGCAUCGUCGUGCACCAUGGGUCGGCGGCCUCGCCGGCGGCGGCGCAGGCGGCGGCGCUGCCGCCGCUGCCGCGCGGCAGCACCUACUUUGAAGGCGUGGAGGCGGUGCCCGGCCAGGGCCUGCUGUUUGGCGGCGGCGGCCAGAUGCUGCGGUUCGGCGACUCGCCGCAGGAUGUUGUGUCCGAACUGGGCGAGCCGGGCAGCACGCACACCCGCCCCGCCCGCCCCGCCUCGCCCGCGCCAGCUGACCCGCUCGCCGGCGGACUGGCGGCGGCUGCCGUGGCGCCAGACUACUACUUCUGCUACCCGUCCCGCGGCCUGGAUGUGCUGUUCUGCGGGGGCAGCCACCGACUCAAGAAGCUGGUGCUGCACGCCAACGCACCCGGACACCCCGACUUUGGGCUGUACUGCAAGUGCAAUUUCAGGGUGCACCCGGCGGGAACCUGGAGCCUGCCCGGCGGCGGCGGCGACGACGCUGGAGGCUCUCCUCGCUACACGCCCUCUGCAGACUCCGAGGAAGGGGCCAGCAUGCAGACCGCGGCUUCGGAAGCCAGCCUGGCUGCCACAGACGCCGCAGCGCAGCACGGCGGGGGCAGCGGCGGCGCCUCCCUGGCGGCUGGCGAGCCGGCGGGGCCGCCGGCGGACGGCGGCAGCCCCUCCUCUGCCCACCAGCAGCAGCAGCAGUCGCAGCCGCCGUCGUCGGGGCUGAGCGCAGCCUACAACAUGCUUGUGGGCCUGAUCGAUGAUGUGAUCCACAUUGACGGGGAGGUGCCAGGCGGCGGCACGGGCGGCAGCGGCGGUGCUGCUGCUGCGGCAGCAGCAGCGGCCCUGGAUGGCGCGGCAGCGGAAGAGGCGGCGCCGGGUGCCCCAGCCCCGGCGGCGGCGCAGGCUGAGGAAGGCACCGCCGCCGCUGCCGCCGGCAGCUCCUUGGCAGCGGUGCCGCUGGGCCGCCCGCCGCGGCCGCCCACCUCCCACCCCAUCCCCGCGCUGCCCGCCAGCAGCGGCAAGGGCGGCAAGAAGAAGAAGAAGAAGGAGAAGCAGCGGGCCUCGGCGGCGGCGGCGGCCAAGAUGCUGGGCACGGCGGCGGCCAGCGAGGAUGUGCCGAGCGCCGCAGAUCUGGACACAGACACGGACGCCUCCUUUGCUGACUCGGGUGAGGGCCCGGCACGGGGCCCAGGGCGGCAUGCCAGCAGCCCACACUGUUAG